AUGGGGAACAUGAAAGCAUACCUGGCAAUAAUGCUUAUUGGAAUUAUGUUUCUGCCUUGGUUGGGGAAUUCAAGCUCGUCCGAUUCGGACCAAAGUCCUUCAACAUUGCAAUAUAAUGUCCUAAACUUUGGUGCAGUUGGGGAUGGUUCUCAUGACGAUACCAACGCUUUCAUGAAAGCGUGGAAAGCAACAUGCAAAAUGGCAUCACGUUCUCCUCCAACAAUGGUUCACUUAAAAGGUCUCAAUUUGUAUGGUGAUGGCAGCAUUCAUGGUCAAGGACAAAAAUGGUGGGAUAUGGAGGGUCGUAAAAAGCCAGCAGCAAUGCAGAUUGAAGACUCGAAGGACGUGAAUGUGAUAAAUCUGAAUUUUAAGGAUAAUCCCAGAAUGCAUUUUAUCCUUAAACAAUUGCAAUCAGUUUAUGUGAACAAUGUCACCAUUGUUGCACCUGAAGACAGUCCAAAUACCGAUGGAAUUCAUAUCACUGGUUCUACUAACGUUACCAUCGAAAAUUGCAAUAUUGGCACCGGCGAUGACUGUAUCUCAAUUGUGGAUGGAUCUUCAUAUGUGAAAGGUUCCAAUAUUUUAUGCGGUCCUGGACAUGGCGUAAGCAUUGGGAGUUUGGGCAAAAAUGGCGCAGAUGACAGAGUAGAACACGUUGAGAUGAGAGAUAUUGUGUUCACUAACACUCAAAAUGGUGCAAGGAUCAAAACAUGGCAGGGUGGAAGAGGUUUUGCAAAACAUAUACUAUUUGAGGGAGUACACAGUAACGGUGCCAGAAAUCCUAUCAUUAUUGAUCAAUUUUACUGUGACCACACCAAGUGUACAAACCACGAAUCGGCUGUACAAGUUAGUGACGUGACAUUCAGAAAUUUCACGGGCACAUCCAAAAAGUCAAUCGCCGUGAAGUUUUCAUGCAGCAAGACAGUUCCAUGUAAAAAUAUUAUCGCAGAAGACAUCUACCUGGUGUCAUUAGAUGGGAAAGAAGAUACAAGCUCGAUAUGUGAAAACGUCAAAGGAACUAUCUACGGACGUCAAGUUCCUAAAGUAUCCUGUUUGAAGCAAUCUAAGGACUCUGAUAUUCACCAUUAG